AUGAGCGACGAGUACAACCUGAGCAUCGACCUGAAGAAGACGGAGCUGCUGAAGGAGCACUUGAAAGCCAUUGCCAAAGUUAUGCACAAUGAGUUCGGGUACUUUUGCCCCAGUGGUGGAGUGAAGGUCCCGCAGGACCACCCCAAUGAAUUCUCGAAGACCAUAUGGAGCAUCCUUUACACGUCCUGGAGGAUGGAAGAUUUUACGAGGCUGAAUUUAAAAAGCGUUUUGAACAUCCUCAAGAGGAACCCCUACGUGAUGGGGUGUGUGUACUUCCUCAUCAUCUUCACGUGUGUAUAUCUGUUAACGUUAUUCCUGUAUACCAAGUGCUUUCGGAGGUUGAUUAAAGCCAUUCGUUGCAAAACGUGUAGGAGGAAGAAACAGAAGCGAGAACAACAGGAGAGUGAAAAUAAAGAUUUAAUUGAAAAUGUGAAGAAGCGAUUCUUUAACAUCAUGACGUACGUGUUUUUGAGUUCGCUUCUGUGUGUUCUGAUUGGUUUGGGCAUCUGGUAUAUGAUUUCUUUUUUCAAAACGAGGAAUGGGAUUUAUAUGAAUGUAUGCAGCGCGUCCACCUCGAUUGAGAACUUCCUCACCGACCGCUGCUCCGUGCAGGGCGGCGAGGUGGACUCGUCGUGCUACUCCCUGGAGCACAUCGUGAGCGACGCGGUGUCCAUCGUGGAGCAGUACCAAGACAUCAAGCUGCAGAUAAAGGCGGACCUGCUGGUGGACGAGGACAGGGCGGUUCCGCUCCUCACAGGCUUCCUCACCGUGUUCGAGAACCUGAAGAAGCUGCAGCAGAACGUGGCGCGGAACAACCACAUCCUGGAGGAGCAGUACUUCCACACGUACCCCGUGCUGACGAGGCUGGGCAGAGCGCUCGACGCAGUCAUCCAGGAGGGAGAGGCGAACCUCCAGCAGGCGACAGGCACCCUCGAUGAAGCCAAGCAAGCAGUCAAAGGAGCCUUCGAAGAAAUCGACCAAGUUCUGGGAGCAACCUUUAAAGAAAAUAUGGAAAAGGUAAAUGACAAAAUUACGCUCUUCAAUAAGUCUAUAAAUAGAAUAAUACACCAGUAUAAGAUAAAGCAAAAUUUGAAGAAGUACACGAUUUCAAUUUUGAUUGUGAAGUUGGUUUUGCUCAUUCCUCCCCUUCUCAUUCUAAUUGGGUUAGUGCUUUUCAUAUUCUUUUUGGUGAAAGGGGACAUUGGAAACAGCAGUCAUUUUUUUUUGGACCUCUUUGGAGUGUUCAGCGCCUACUUUGGAUUUUUGACGAUCGUCAUUUUGCUAAUCGGGAUAGCAAUGCUGAGUGCGUCCAUCUUGGGGGGGACGACCUGCAUCAUCGCCGAUAGGGUUUUAAAAAAUGAGCUGAACUUUGACGUGCUGAAUGAUACCCUGAUCGAUUACUGCCUGAAGAAUGAGGAGUCGCCCCUUCUCUCGGAGGACAUCACCAAGGGGCUUGUAGACAACAUGAAGUCUUUGGACACCACCGAAAUGGAGAGGAGGGUGAAUGAAUACGAUUCCUAUUUCAACGAUAUGAAGAGAACCUUCCGCGAAAAUACAAGAAAUUUUGUCAACUACAUGUGGGUGGUCAUUACCAAGCCGAACAACAACCUGUAUGUGGAUCGAAUUCGGCUAAACACUCUGAAAAAGUCCCUCCUAGCGACCAGCAUCACUCGGGACAAUAUCAAAUUUGGUAAAUUCAACCUCUGGGGAACAGAUGAAUACUUUGAAAAUCUGAAUCGCCACUAUUUUAGGGGCACCCAGUUUGCCCUCUGCUUUGAAAAUGAAGAAUGCGACAGGGAGGAGGACAAGUUUAACAUCAACUUUAGGUCCUCCAUAAAUGACCCCAAGUACCAGAGGAUGAGGAACCACCUCAGGAAUAAUGAUCUUAGAGAGGACCUAGACAACGUGGUGGAGCUAUUCAUUUACAAGUCUAGAGUUAGGACCGAAAAGAUAUUCUCUGUGGACGACUUGGAUAGCAGCAUGACGGACAAAAUAGGGUGGAGUGAGUACACGCCGAGGAUUAACAAAAGGGAGGGGGGGAAAGAACAAACCUUCAUUUUGAGGAAGUACCUCGUGGAGGACAUUGAAAAUUUGAACUUCAAAGACGUGGUUAGCUUCUUCGAGAAAAUUAAACAGAAAUUCAACACCCUCAGAGACACGAUCAUUACGAAGGUGCAGAUGCUCGUGAAGAACACCAACUGCAGCAGACUCGUUGGCGAGAUGCACAAUUUGAAACACAUCUACUGCGACCGAGUCGUGCUGAACAUGACCAUCCUCUCCGUCGCGCUCGUCUCCUUCUCCAUCAUUUCGUUCUUCCUCUGGUACUGCUUUUUGUUCUUUUGGCUGUACUACCAGAUGAAGAUGAUGUGA